AGAAUGCAAACUUCACCGAGCAAUGUGCACAGGAGGGGGAGGAUGCUUCUGGGACAGGCUCUUUCCAUGUGUGGCGGCAAAAUUUAGAAGCUUCCCCUUCAAGUGUCUGCUCGUACUCCCCUCCAGCCAGCCGAGCCCCUGGGGAGCACUUUCUGCAGAGCCCUCCCGUGCCCCAGGCUCUCGCUUCCUGGGGGAGUAGGGGGAGGCGCAGAUCCACAGGUCCCAUCCUGGGGCCGGCACCCAGGCGAUAGCUUUGGUGGCUUAGGUGGCGGUGCGCCCGGCCCAGCCCGGAAGGCCGAGGCCCUAGGGCUGCGCAGGCGGGACCGGCCCAGGCCGGUGUGGGGCGGCUGGGCCAGGGCGAGGACGGGCGGGGAGCUCCAGGGCGGGAGCAGCAGGGCUGCCCGGAUUCCGGUCGUGGUCUCAUCUGUCGCUGCUGCCACCAGGUUCCACACCCUCUGGAGCCAUGGCUGGUUUUUCUGGUUUGGUCUGUAGAGCAAUUUGCAUAUUUCCUUGAAGAACCCUCUGAAGUUUUACAGUCUGCCCUUGGGCUUACAGAGAGGGACACCCACACCCACAUUGGCUCUCAAGAAUUGGAAUGAAAGCCCCUUCAUUCUUCAGCAAGUGUGUUUGACGCAUGCCGUAGACUGAGCCAGAGGAAGCUAGGGGACUCCAUUUGCCUUGAGGCUUACAUCCUUUGUGUACACACAGGGGCUGGGAAUGGCCGCAUGGAACAGGUCACACCCAAGGCAGCCUGUGGCACCAGAGCCAGCUGCAGAAGGGGAUUCCCAGCAGCCCCUGGGCCGAGAGCUCUCGGAGGCCAACCGCUUCGCCUAUGCCGCCCUCUGUGGCAUCUCUCUGUCACAGCUGUUUCCAGAACCUGAGCAAAGCUCCUUCUGCAUAGAAUUUGUGACGGGCCUGGUGAAAUGGCUGCAUCUGUCUGAAACUGUCGUCCCAACCAUGACAGCCUUUGCCAGCGGCCUGGGAGGCGAAGGAGCUGACAUCUUUGCUCAGACUUUAUUGAAGGACCCCAUUCUGAAAGACAACCCAUCAGCAGUCAGUCAGGACCUCCUGGGCUUCUCACUCAAGGAUGGACAUUAUGAUGCCCGGGCCAGAGUACUCGUUUGUCAUGUGACCUCCCUGCUCCAGGUGCCCAUGGAGGAGCUGGAUCUUCUCGAAGAGGUAUUCCUGGAGAGCCUGAAGGACGCCAAGGAGGAGGAGUCUGAGACCGCAGAGGCAUCCCGGAAGAGGAAAGAAAAACGGAGGAAGUGGAAACGCUAUCUCCUGAUAGGCCUGGCCACAGUUGGAGGCGGGACAGUGAUUGGUGUGACUGGGGGGCUAGCUGCCCCACUUGUCGCUGCAGGAGCCGCAACCAUCAUAGGCAGUGCUGGGGCAGCCGCCUUGGGCUCAGUGGCUGGCAUCGCUGUUAUGACCUCGCUCUUUGGUGCAGCUGGAGCUGGCCUGACAGGAUACAAGAUGAAGAAGCGAGUCGGGGCCAUUGAGGAGUUCAUGUUCCUGCCCCUGACGGAAGGCAGGCAGCUACACAUCACCAUUGCUGUCACUGGCUGGCUCGGGUCCGGCAGAUACCGCACCUUUAAUGCCCCAUGGAUGGCCCUAGCCCGCAGCCAGGAGCAGUACUGCCUGGCCUGGGAGGCCAAGUACCUGAUGGAGUUGGGCAAUGCCCUUGAGACCAUCCUCAGUGGCCUCGCUAACAUGGUGGCCCAGGAGGCUCUCAAGUACACCGUGCUCUCUGGUAUCGUGGCAGCUCUAACCUGGCCGGCCUCGCUCCUCAGUGUUGCCAACGUCAUCGACAACCCCUGGGGGGUGUGUCUCCACCGGUCAGCAGAGGUCGGCAAGCACCUGGCACACAUCCUUCUCUCUCGGCAACAGGGCCGGAGACCUGUCACCUUGAUUGGAUUCAGCCUGGGAGCGAGAGUCAUCUACUUCUGUCUGCAGGAGAUGGCCCAGGAGCAGGAUUGCCAAGGGAUCAUCGAGGAUGUGGUCCUUCUGGGUGCACCAGUAGAAGGCGACCCCAAGCACUGGGAACCAUUCCGGAAUGUGGUGUCUGGGAGAAUUGUCAAUGGCUACUGCAGGGGAGACUGGCUCCUGAGCUUCGUGUACCGCACGUCUUCUGUGCAGCUCCGCGUCGCAGGCCUGCAGCCUGUGCUGCUGCAGGACCGGAGGAUGGAGAACGUGGACCUGUCCUCAGUGGUCAACGGCCACUUGGACUAUGCCAAGCAAAUGGAUGUCAUCCUGAAGACUGUGGGCAUCCGCACCAAGCCCGGCUGGGGUGAGAAGGGACUGCCACUGGCCCCUGGCAGCCUGCCCCAAGAAGUGUCACUCCAGACAGCCACAGUCUCUACAGAUGACACAAUCCACCAGGAUGGACAAAGCCAGAGACCUGCCUCGGGAGACAGUCUCAAAACCACCAUACCUUCCAGUGCCAGCCAAGCCCAGGAGCCAGCAGGGCUGGACCAGUCUACAGAGGACUCGCUCUUUCCUGCUACUGCUCCGGCAGAGGAACACCUGAUCUGCAGUCAUGGUGUGGGUCCCAAUCCACUGGGCUGCCCUGACUGUACCCAUGGGACCCAGGAGUCCUGUGCAGAACUGGACUGACCCAGCAGGUGUCUGGAUACCUCUCCAGACUGCUCUAUGCAACUUUCUCUAAGCCCUGCAGGCUUUCCAGAGAGCUGUGGAGGUGGGGGAUUUCCACAAGUGCCUUUCUUAAACAGAGAGGAGCUAGAACGGAAAGAGAGAAAACACUGGCUCUCUGAGGAAACACGGGCAGUAUGACCUCCCAGGUUAACCCAGCUCCAAACCAGUGUAGGCUCCCACCCUGCAGGUCCCAUCCAGAGGCCCCUAAAGUCACUGUGGGACUGGAGGUCCCCAAGCUUCCCUUUCUCCAGCCUCAGUGGACCCAAGUGUCUUCCAGAUCUUGCAUCUACUCUGCAGCACUGCCCACUGAUCCCAGGCUCCACCAGCGGGACGUUUUCGGGUGCCAAUGAGACACUUUGCUCCCUCUGCCCUUUGAAGGAGCAGAUCUGUCCAGGACAUUUAUGUGGGCUGGAUAACAGACAUAGAUGUGGCAUGUGUGGUAUGGAGGCCCAUGCUGAGUUUGUGAAACACGUGACCCUGGAUAGAAUUAUACCUAGAGAAAUAAAGGCAGAAUUCACAGUCAGCAUCUGGAGAACUGGGCCUUGGUGAGCGUGGAUUACAUGAGGAGGGACCAAUAAACACUGUUUGUCAC